CCUCACGUUGGAUCCUGCUGAGACGAGAGGCUCUAUUCCAUCUCCUCCGUCUACUGAGAAUACCAUAGUUCUGUUUUUCUUCUCCCUCGAUAGUUUCUUUCCGUUGUUUCUUGGUUCAAACUAUUUGCCUCGUCUACUUGUCGACCGGUCCAGAACUGCGCCUUGGUUUUCGGGCCUUUUCUCCACCGAAAACCGUCAAGAUGUUGAAGUCAUUUCAAAUCAACGAUCUUCAUGGAUCGCCGUCCUCUUCGUCGGAGAAUAUCGAAGGGACAAGCAGUGAUGCUCUCCAAGACACUUUGUCCACUCGACGCCGUCGGGGAAUCGUCGCGGUCUCUGAAGCGCAGUAUAACGACAUAGCUACUUAUCAUCCCCGCGCUCGGCUGACCUACCUUGAUGACGAUGAUGGUGAACUUAUCACGGUUGGAUCAUCGCUCGAGCUUUCGCAACGUCUAGAUGAACCGGUCCCCGCCUCAGCCCAACAAUACUCACUCCCGCCACCCUCAGACCUCGAGCCGAUGCAUGUAUUCGAUAUCCGGCGCUCAAAUUCAAUCAUCGAGCUGUGGAAACAGUACGAAAACAACCCACACGGAGAGAGUGCCCCAGCUGCAAACCAUAUCAGUGCGGUAUCGCCAAACAGCGAACCGUCUCUUCCCAGUGUCGAGAAUGUCGGAGAGAAGACUCAAGGCGAUAAUGAAGCAGCUGGUCCUGCCGUGAGCCAUGAGGCUGAACCCCUCAUGGCUGCAUUUGAAGCCGAAAUGGCCAAGAUUCUCAGCUCUCCCGAGACGGUGAAUGAGAGCCCUGCUCAACAAGACACCGUUGUCCCUCCGACAGAGGAACAGACUAGGACGCCAGCCGAAAGGCUUCAAAUCCCCACCGACAGUUUCGUCAAUGCUGUGCAGAAUUUGGUCCAUGGCGCCGAAACGCUGAGCUCUGGGGUUAGAUCCAGACUGCCAGAGAUCGAGCGACAGCUCCAAAAUGCUCACAGAGCUCUUCCUCCAUGCCCGGUCGGAUCUUCUAUGCAAGUGGCGCUCACGGCCUUGGAUGGUCAAGUGAGGAACUUGGUCAGUGCAAUCAAUAACGCUUCGACUGCGGGGGGACAAAAUCCAGCAAACAUGUUUUCGAGAGAGCUACCGACCGCCGCAAAUACGGUCGAGAGUCUACGGAGCAUGGCAUCUGAACUUGGCCACAUGGGUCAUACUUUAUUCGAGGCAUUCGAAACCGAGCUUGGAUGCAACUCUCAAGAAUCUCAAAAUCAAGCGCCGUCUGCCGUGCCCGAUACGUCUACCACUGAUGCUGCAGGCCCAGCACAUGCGGAUGAUAAUAAUGCCCGCACGGAGACUGCAGCCAGCACCGCCAGUGCCAACCCCACAUCAGCACCUGCAGCUGCGAACUUGGAAAGCGAGAAGGGAACGACGAGUUCGGACAAGGCGGAGAUUUCGCCGGAGCCGGCACAUUCGCAAGACCUGGCAGACGCAGAGCCUGUUUCUCAACCUCUGGCUCAUACUGAUCGUAACCCAGUCCCUGAUAUACGAUCGGAUCAUCCAUCUUUCCCACCACAUCCACCACACCAUCUACCACCUCAUCCGCCGCACCAUCCUCCGCACCAUCCUCCUCACCAUCCGCCUCAUCAUCAUCUACCGCAUCAUCUACCGCAUCAUCCUCCACCGCCCCCUCCUUUCGCUCACCUCCAUUCUCAAUUUCCUUUUUUCCCUCCUCCUUCACGCCCUCCUUUUGCUCCUCCUUUCGCUGUCCAUCCCGGAAACGGCGGCGAGACUCGGGCCGGUCACUCCCACUCCACGCCCUCUUUUCUUGCUCCGGCUCCGUUCCCGCAUCGACACCCCGGGACAUGGCCUCUCGCUUUUGAAAGACCGAAUCCCUCGUCGCCCGAUCAAUCUGCAAAGACGGCCUUGUUCAUCGGCAACGUCGGGUACAACGUCAAUGAAAAAAUGAUCCGCGAUGUUUUUGCUGCAAAGGGAUUUCUGGUUGAUGUGCUCCUCCCGUUGGACUCGGUGACACGCAAGCAUGCAGGCUUUGGUUAUUUGCAUUUCCAUUCGGUCCAUGCAGCAAAGGCAGCACUGGAUGCCUUGCAGGGAUCCCUGAUUGACGGUCAUUCCAUCAAUCUCGAGUUCAGCGAUCCGUCGCCAAUCACGGCACUGAACACACCCAACGCGCCUCAGCAAUCGUCUGCUUCCCGCCAUGCGUCAGGUCCCUCGGAGCUUCAGGCCCCUCGAGGAAUGGAGCAGGCCUCAGCUGAGCGGCGGCGUUCUGCGAAAAGCGGCAAAUCAUUGCCCCUUAGUGUGGCAGAUAUGUGCUCUGUGAACGGCAGCGCCCGGAAUGAGUCCUCUAGCACGAAGGACUCGGACAGCUCGGAGCGACUCAACGCGCUUUAUCCCUCGCUUGUGCCCGAGAGCCCCUUGAAACGCUCUAGUACGAACGCUGGUACCUUGACGACUCCCGCGGCUCUAAUCCAACCAAUGGAAUGGGAGUCUCGUUUCCCUCCUGUCUCCCAACUCGAUGCCCAUUUCUUCGCCGAGCAACGUCGAGAGGGAGAUCCGUCUUCCAACUCGACGCCUCGAGCCGAGCCGACUGCUAAACAGGGACCUGUUGGUCGGUCUGUGUCUCCCAACGUGCCCGGCGCUUUCCCGGAAGCUCGGAGGCCAUCUGUGACGGCACCUGCUCCACCAGCAAAGUCUUGCGCGCCUCAGCAAACAAGCAAUCACAACACAAGCGCCGAAAUUCCUCACUCGCGCCGUUCGAAUACUAUGAGGGCGUCUCACCCAUCUCGGAGACACUCUGGCCCCCGGAAGUCUAUUUAUGAGGGACCAUGCUCCGAUCGAUCGUUGAGACGGCGAGCUACCGAGCGAUCUUCGCUUCGGUCGGGCUGGUCCUCGCAUCCCAACACUGGCAACAUCCAGCCAUCGAGUGGGCGCACUGCCCCAAGAGAGACCUCUCGAUUCGAUGCUAGACAGCGCAGUAUUGCGGACUGCGUUUCCACCUUGGCCAACUUAGGAUACGGAAGCUCCGAAGAAGGUGGUCUGCAGCGCAUUGGCGUAUAUGCAGCCGCCGCGGAUGGAAAGGUCUCUGAUGCGAUCGAUAUGAUUGAGGAGGAGCGUAAGGCGUAUGCGCAGCGACGUUAA